UCAAAAACAAAAAUAAAAACUACCCACAAGCUAACUCGAUAGAUAUAGAAGCAAAGUGUACCGAGCAAUAAUUAUAAAUACGCAGCACUUACGGUUGGCUGGAGGUUUGCAUCCCAUAUCCGAAUCGAAUGUAAAUUAUAUCGCUACGCAAAAUACAAGUUCAACGUUGCAUUGACGAAUGCAACCGCUCACCACCGUCUAGAUACAGUUCAGAUCAAAUUUCCACCGUCGUCGUCGACGACGACGACGACGCGACGUAGUCGCAGCCAUCAUCUAGAGCUGCUCAGUUUCGUUUUGUGUGCCUCGAGCGGAAAUGGCGGCUCUGCCACCUCGAAAAAAUCCUACACCCACGAAAAUCUCCAAGCAGCAUCUCACCCCGCUGCAGAUUCUGCUCCAGAUGGGCUUCCCGAAGCAUAGGGCGGAGAAGGCUCUGGCAGCGACUGGAAAUCGUGGCGUGCAGCUGGCCUCCGAUUGGUUGUUGGCCCACGUCAACGACCCGUCGCUGGACGAGUGCGCGCCACGGGAGUACAUCCUGUACGCCUGCCCGACCGGUCCCUUUCUGCAGCAGUUGGAGAACUUUUGGACCCAAUCGCGAGAGCUGUGCGGCUGGAACGGGGCGCACAACUUUACGCCCCACAUCACGCUGGUGUCGUUCUUCAAGGCACCGGACGAGUGCGCUCCGCAGCUGUCGAAAGCGUUGAAGGAACUGAUGACGCUACCGGGGGCGCAUAUUGAUCGACCAAUCAACUUGGAGUUGUACACCAGUCCGAACUUUAUGGGCUUCUUCGUUGUGGAAGAUGAUGCAAAUUAUUUGAAGCGUUUGGCUUUGCAGUACGUCAAGGAAGUAUCCCAUUCGAUAAUCAGCGACACCUACGAACAGCUAGAUGCGCUAGUUACCUGUUUCCCAUGGUGCGGGGGAGUAACAUCAGCCCGUUGUAUUCCGCGUAGCAGCCGAUCAAUAUCGUUGGAACCGCAUGUCAAGUCGCUGCAUCUAACGCUGGCGUACCAGUUUCCGUCGAAUCAGUUCAACGCGUUGAAGCAGCUGGUUGAGAAUUUGGAUAGCUCGAGCACCGGAGCUAACUGGGAGUUGCGGCUGUACUCGCGGGAUGCAAGGCUGGCGACCAAACAGGUCCACAAGGUCCUCUAUCCGCACACUCCACGCGAACCGGAUGAGUUGGAGCUCCGGAUCGGUGACUACAUCUACCUUACCUCUGAAGCGAUCCAAAACUCCACCGACGGAUGGGUCGAGGGUAUUUCCUGGCUCACCGGAACCACCGGCUACCUGCCGGAAAACUACACCGAACGUACGGCCGAAUCCGACGCCUGGACCAUGCAUCGCACCGUACAAUUGUGCGACCCGAUAACCCCGGACCUGGGAGAACAACCCGCCGAUAUGGUGGACGGGAUAGCUGGCUUCAACCGGUCUGCUGCUCAGGAAAAUCACGACAUUGAGUCACUGGAAACGGUAUCAGUAGGACACAGUGAAGUGCAGACACAACAACCACCAGUGGAGAUGCAGCAACCGAACGAAGACAUCGUAUCCGUUGAUAAAUUGUACGAAUUGAUGAGAAAGCGCACCACCCAGUCGGUUAUUCCAAAAAGUGCCAGUGAUGAGUCAAGGAACUCUUCGGUGACGAAAGAAGCGGCCGCCGGAAGGCGAAUCUAUGUCCUCAGACAUGGCGAAAGAAUCGAUUUCACCUUCGGAACGUGGAUUCCGUACUGUUUCGAUCAGACCGGAAGUUAUAUCAGAAAGGACCUGAACAUGCCAAAGUCUUUACCUCAAAGAAUAAGUUCCCAAUGGAAGCGGGACUCACCGCUAACCAACAUGGGACUGUACCAGGCUCGACUGACGGGCGACGGAAUGAAGGACGCCGGUGUGCGGAUCGAUCGCGUGUACAGCUCACCUUCGUUUCGAUGUAUUCAGACGACGACGUCUAUACUGGAAGGGCUUGGGCUGAAAGAUAGUCACCCGAUUCACGUGGAACCGGGGCUGUUCGAGUGGAUGGCCUGGUACCAGGAAGGGCUUCCGGAUUGGCUGUCCAAGGAGGAGCUUGUUGCGGCCGAUUACAACAUUGUUAUGGACUAUGAACCUCUGACUAAGGUGGACGAUCUCAAGGAGCAAUUGCAGGAAGGUUUGGAGGAGUUUUAUCAAAGGAAUUCAACCGUUACCGAGCAUUUGAUCAACAAUACAAGCGGAAAUAUUCUAAUUGUGGGUCACGCGACAACGCUGGACACCUGCACCCGCUACAUCAUCGGCGAGAAACUACGCUCGACGAACGACAUGAGCCGGAUAAUGCAAAAAGUUCCUUACUGCAGUAUGGCUGUGAUCGAGUCGGAGGACGGUCUCGGCGACUGGAAACUGGUGGACCCUCCGUGCGAUCCCGUCACCCACACCAACAACAAUCGGUUCGAUUGGAAAAUUCUAACCUAGACAUGAUCGUCGGAUGUGGCCUUUCUCGGUACCAUUUCUGGACUAGUAGCAGAGAAUUUGUAAGAUUCGCCAGCUUUCUUGAGCCGAUAGAUACGAACGUGUUCAGCACUGUUGUGACAAAUAGAGGGGAGCGUACGUAUUUUCAAACUCCACUUAUAAAUCAUACGACGCGCACGUGAAAGAUAACAAAAAAAGCAGCGUGCAAUGAGCGCCGUAAAAAUGACUCGGAUGAUUGUUUAAUUUAGCGAGAUAAGAUUCGUACAUGUCAAAAAUUACCGCCAAUAAGUAUUUUCUCCAGCGGUGAAGCUCGAUUAUUUAUGUUAGUUGUUAAUUGUAAUAAAUUGCAUGCCUAUCGUAACUGGAAA